CACACACAUUCGUGGUCGAUUCUGAUUCGACGUUACUAAAGCAUCUUCUCCCUUCCUCCUUACAGCUUGAAAAUUCCUACAACUAUUUCUCUCUCAUAUUACUUUUUCGAGUAAUAUCGAUGACAAUUAAUUCCAAUUAAUUCAUCUUCUCGAUCUGAUCUUUCCUGUCUCCUUCAUAAAGUCUUGUCUUCCUUCGAUUCUUCGAUUGUAUCGUUACGAUAAGCGCACGAAAGAGUCAAUAUCAAGGAGGGAGACACCUCGGUGACGAUUCAACGACACUUCCAGCAAAAGUUCAAUAUAUUAGGAAAGAAAAAUUACUAAUCCGCUUUUCUUUCCUCAAAUUUUUCUAUUUUUAUUUAAUGUGACUUUUUUUUCUCUUUCUUUCAUUCUUUUGACCCAAUCGAAUCGGUCGUUCUUCGAGAGUAAGAUGUUAAUACCGUUGAUUUUAUUCAUCGGCACGAUCAUCGGAUCGAGCGUUUCUAUCGCCGAGGAUUGCAAAGGUUGCGUCCCUUUGGAUUCAUAUUCCUUUGACAAGGUGAUAGCCAAGUUUAAGGCAGUCGUUGUUAAAUUUGACGUUGCAUUCCCAUACGGAGAAAAACAUGAACAAUUUGGAAAGAUAGCGGCAACUACUAAAGAUUCUCAAGAUCUUUUAGUUGCCGAAGUUGGCGUUAAAGAUUUCGGCAACAAAGAUAACGCAGAUUUGGCUAAGCGUUAUAACAUUAAAAAAGAAGAUUUUCCAGUUGUUCUAUUGUUUUUACAAGGAAGAACAGAACCUCUUAGGUUUAUCGCAGAAAAGGAUGUCGAUUUUACUGCGGACAAUAUCAAACGAUUCAUUAAAUCAAAGUCAGGUGUUUAUCUUGGAUUACCAGGUUGCGUAGAGCAAUUGGAUAGGCUCGCAGAAGAAUUCAAAACUAGCCCAGAAAAUGAUAGACAGGAAAUUUUAUACAAAGCUAAGGUUUUCGAAGAUACAUUACCAGAAACGCAACGCGCAGCUGCAAAGGUGUAUGUUAAAAUGAUGGAAAGAAUAUUGGAGAGAGGAGACAUAUUCGUUCAAACGGAACAAACGCGACUAGAAGGUCUUCUAAAAGGAAAAUUGUCAAACGAGAAGAAACGUACAAUGGAAGAAAGAAGAAACAUUUUACAAUCAUUUACGCAUAGGGACGAGUUGUGAAUAAUUUUUUACACAAUAUGAAUUUCUAAUAUAUUAAAGAAUAUUCGAAAAUAUUGAAAA